GGGUCCCUCCGCCUCCGCCUCUACUCGCGGGGUGUCCGGGGCUCUCGGCGCCGAGUUCGGGGGUCCCAUUCUGGACGCGGCCCAGCCCCUAGGAGCGCCGUCCUGGCCUCGGCCGCGCAGUUACGGCCCCCGCCGGCUGCUCCCCGCCCCGGCCUCCUGUCCGCGUUCUUUCCGCUCCUUCCCAGGAAGGGGGUCGGGGUGCGCCCUCCCCGGUCCCGGCUCUGCUGGGCUGCUGGCCGUCCCGACGCUGAGACGCGCCUCUGAGCACGGGGAGAGGGGGCCCGGGAGGGAGGUCGGGGAGGGCGUCGUGGAAGAGGUGCUCUUUGAAUUGAACCUUGAAGACCCCGGCACAGGGGACCCCUGGGCAGACUCCCGGAGGCUGCACUGGCAGGACCCGCUGAAGGCCGCAGCUCUGCCUUGCCCUGGAGCUCAGGGCCUACGGAGGACGAGGGAGGGGGAGCCCGUGUCUCUCGGAUGGAGUGCGGGGGGGCUGGCACCAGCACCCUCCUUGCUGUGCCCCUAGGGUGGGGGUGAGGAAAUGGGGGGUCGGUGUGCAGUAGGAGGCAAAGAAGACUCCUUGGAGGUGCCAGAGCUUGGGGCUGCCUUGGUCGCACCCACCGCCUGCCUGCCCACUGGUCAGCCUUCAGGGGCCCUGAGCAGCGCCUGGCCUCUUUCCUGUGGCCAGCCCAGAGCUGAAGCGCUGCGGCAUGGCGCGCGCCUGCCUCCAAGCCGUUAAGUACCUCAUGUUCGCCUUCAACCUGCUCUUCUGGCUGGGGGGCUGUGGCGUGCUGGGCGUCGGCAUCUGGCUGGCCGCCACCCAGGGGAGCUUCGCCACGCUGUCCUCCUCCUUCCCGUCCCUGUCGGCUGCCAACCUGCUCAUCAUCACCGGUGCCUUUGUCAUGGCCAUCGGCUUCGUGGGCUGCCUGGGCGCCAUCAAGGAGAACAAGUGCCUCCUGCUCGCUUUCUUCCUGCUGCUGCUGCUGGUGUUCCUGCUGGAGGCCACCAUUGCCAUCCUCUUCUUCGCCUACACGGACAAGAUUGACAGGUACGCCCAGCAAGACCUGAAGAAAGGCUUGCACCUGUACGGCACGCAGGGCAACGUGGGCCUCACCAACGCCUGGAGCAUCAUCCAGACUGACUUCCGCUGCUGUGGUGUCUCCAACUACACUGACUGGUUUGAGGUGUACAACGCCACGCGGGUGCCUGACUCCUGCUGCCUGGAGUUCAGUGAGAGCUGCGGGCUGCACGCACCUGGCACCUGGUGGAAGGCGCCGUGCUACGAGACGGUGAAGGUGUGGCUCCAGGAGAACCUGCUGGCUGUGGGCGUCUUUGGGCUGUGCACGGCACUGGUGCAGAUCCUAGGCCUGACCUUCGCCAUGACCAUGUACUGCCAGGUGGUCAAGGCAGACACCUACUGCGCGUAGGCUGCCUGCUUCUCUGCCAAAAGGACGCCCACAGGGAGAUGGCCGUGCCCACAGCUGCCUUUCCCACCACCAGCCUCGGUGCUCUGCCCCAUGCUGGGAGGAGGGAGGGAGGGACAGGUGCCCGGAGCCCCCGGAACCCUGUUUCUAGAAGGCCCUGGCUCAGGUGGCUUCAGGGCCUCCAAACCCCCCCUGGGAGGGGUGGCCACGUGCUGGCUAUGGAACCCAGGGCAGGGGUGGGAGGGGUCUCCAGUACUUUUUAUUUUUACAUAUUCUCCAAAGCAGUGUUCACACGGGUGCCAGCCUGUGGCCCCCAGCCUCCCGGGAAGCGGGUUGGGGCUGCAGGAACAGGGGCUUGGCAUCCUGGAAGUGGCCCCACUGGUCCUGGUGCUCCAGGCAGGGCCAUGGACCCCUUACCUACAUUCCACAGUGGGCCCGUGGGGCUCCUGGUGCAUCCUAAUAAAGUGUGAGCCGCA